GUUUGAAUCGCGUUUCCCUCCCACAACACUGCUCACUCUGAGCGUCAUUGCGGAGAGCUCCGGAGACUGAAAUCUGAUCCCCCUUAAUUUUCUCUCUUUCUCUCUCUCCCCCUCUCUCACUCCAGUUCUGCCACUGGCUCUUCGCUGGCAGUUCAGGUCUCGGAGCCAAACCUUCACACACUCGUUCGUACACAGCAGUCAGCAAACUGAAAGCACUGAGACGGCACAUGGGAGCGAGCGAGCGAGGGAGCCAAAGCAGCACCUCUGGAGAAACAGCGUACACCCCCCACCACACACAGACACUGGAAGAAAUAUACUCCUGAUACUCGCGACUGACUGCCCAGGGACAGACACUCUGAAGACAAGAAACAGCGCUGGGCAAACGGGGAGGAUUCAUUCUGCUAAAAAAAAAAACCGCGAGCCCUGUGAAGAAACCAAGUAGAGUGAAUGCAAAACUAAAAGCCCAAAACAAAAUGGUAAAGAAAAGGUGCAUAAACUGGUAAGCGAAGGAUUGUUUACUACAGGCACAGGACCGGCUCCUGAACUGAAUUCAGGAGUGUUGCAGUUUCUGCAGUCGUUGACAAUCAGCCGCGAGUUUUCAUUUCUGGGUUUCAUGCUGGAUUUACAAAUGACUUGAAUAUUCCGAGCUGUUUUUUCAUCGCUUCUUGAAACCGCUGGAGAAACCCCCCUUCAACUCUACAGCGAGGACACAAGCAAGGCAUUGCUGAGCGAGUCGGAAUUGGCACUUUUAAAAAGACUUGAAAACAAGUUUUUGUUGCCUCCUUUUCGGUCAGUAAAAGGGCACAGAGCGACGGAGGUGGGCAGUGCCAGCACUGCGCCCAUGACUGUGAGGGAGGCACGCAGAUGAUGUCCAAGGCUGGGCAGGGCGUUGGCAGUCGGGCGGACAGCAGCUGCGGAGGAAUGAUCGCCCUGUGGUACGCGCUCUGUGUCUGCGUUGCCACCGCCGCCAGCAUCCCAGCAGCCAGGCUCCGCAUCUCCGACCAUGAAACGAAGGCCAGCACGCGCACUCCACCAAGAACGGUGACAUCGGGAAGCCAGCGAACUGUUCUGGAGGAGAUCGUUCUUGGCAGCGGCGACACCCUGGACCUGUCUUGCAAUCCCCGAGGCUCCACGCUGGCGCCACUGGUGUGGUUGAAAGACGGGCUCAGAAUCCUGCCCAACAACACCACCCAAGUCGGCCAGAAGUGGCUGAAGAUCAUCAACGUUUCCUACGAUGAUUCCGGUGUCUACUCCUGCAAACUCUGGGGGACCAACCAGAUUCUAAGCAACUUCACCAUCAAGGUUGCAGAUUCUGUGUCUUCGGGUGAUGAUGAAGAUGAUGAUGAUGAUGAUGGAAGUGAGGAUACAGGAGCUCCGUACUGGGCCCGCCCCGACCGCAUGGAGAAGAAGCUGCACGCGGUCCCCGCGGCCAACACCGUCCGCUUCCGCUGCCCAGCUGCCGGGAACCCAACCCCCACCAUCCACUGGCUGAAGAACAGUAAAGAGUUUCGGGGAGAGCACCGGAUCGGUGGCAUCAAGUUGCGACAUCAGCAGUGGAGUUUGGUGAUGGAGAGUGUGGUGCCCUCAGACCGUGGCAACUAUACGUGUGUGGUGGAGAACAAGUACGGCAGCAUCACCCACACGUACCAGCUCGAUGUGCUCGAACGGUCUCCACACCGGCCUAUUCUCCAGGCAGGGUUGCCCGCAAACCAGUCGGUGGUGGUGGGCAGCGAUGUGGAAUUCCACUGCAAGGUCUUCAGUGACGCGCAGCCCCACAUCCAGUGGCUCAGGCACGUGGAGGUUAACGGGAGCAAGUUGGGCCCGGACGGAGCUCCCUACGUCACCGUGCUGAAGUCGUGCAUAAGUAAGAGCGCUGAAGCAAACGUUAAACUCAUUCUUUACAAUGUGACAGAGCAGGACGCGGGCGAAUAUCUGUGUAGGGCCACCAACUUCGUUGGCGUGGCCGAGAAACUGCACUGGCUGUACGUCAACCAACCCAAACCAGUUGAAGACUUGGUCAAGGAGGACGACUCUGGCUCGGUCUAUGCAGACGUCCUCAUCUACGUGACGGGUUGUGUCCUUAUCAUUCUGACUGUUAUUAUAGUGAUCAUGUGCAGAAUGAGAACGUCCUCUAAGAAAACCCUCAACCCACCUCCGGUGCAGAAACUCUCCAAGUUCCCACUGAAGAGACAGCAGGUGUCCUUGGAGUCGAAUUCCUCCAUGAAUUCCAACACGCCGUUGGUGAGAAUCGCCCGCCUGUCCUCCAGUGAUUCCCCCAUGUUGGCCAACGUGUCUGAGUUGGAGCUCCCUGCCGACCCCAAGUGGGAGUUCCAGCGGCCAAGGCUGACUAUGGGGAAACCCCUGGGUGAGGGCUGCUUCGGGCAGGUCGUAAUGGCUGAGGCCAUCGGCAUCGAGAAAGACAAAGCAAACAAGCCAGCCACUGUCGCAGUGAAAAUGCUAAAAGACGACGCGACUGAUAAAGACUUGUCUGACCUGGUCUCGGAAAUGGAAAUGAUGAAGAUGAUUGGGAAACAUAAAAAUAUUAUUAAUUUACUGGGAGCCUGCACACAGGAUGGUCCACUCUACGUCAUUGUUGAAUUUGCAUCGAAGGGCAACCUGCGGGAAUACCUGAAAGCCCGGAGACCCCCGGGCAUGGAUUACUCCUUCGACACCUGCAAGGUGCCCGAUGAGCAGUUAACCUUCAAGGAUCUCGUGUCAUGUGCCUACCAGGUGGCACGCGGUAUGGAGUACCUGGCCUCCCAAAAGUGCAUCCACCGAGACCUGGCAGCCAGGAACGUGCUGGUGACCGAGGACAACGUGAUGAAGAUUGCUGACUUUGGCCUGGCCAGGGACGUGCACAACAUCGACUACUACAAGAAAACGACCAACGGUCGGCUGCCAGUGAAGUGGAUGGCACCGGAGGCCUUGUUCGACAGGGUCUACACCCACCAGAGUGACGUCUGGUCGUACGGUGUGCUGCUGUGGGAGAUCUUCACGCUGGGGGGAUCACCCUACCCUGGCAUCCCCGUGGAGGAGCUCUUCAAGUUGCUGAAGGAAGGCCAUCGAAUGGACAAGCCCGCCAAUUGCACGCACGAGCUGUAUAUGAUAAUGCGAGAGUGCUGGCACGCAAUCCCAUCACAGAGGCCAAUGUUCAAACAGCUGGUCGAGGAUCUCGACCGGGUCCUCACUGUCACGUCGACUGAGGUCAGUUCACCUUACAGGAACUGGGAGGGUGGCUGGACAUUAACUACAGAGUACCUUGAUCUGUCAGCACCUUUUGAGCAGUAUUCGCCAGCUUGCCAAGACACCCACAGUACCUGUUCUUCCGGGGACGACUCGGUCUUUGCCCAUGACGCUCUGCCUGAUGAGCCGUGCCUCCCAAAACACCAGCAGUGCAACGGUGCCAUCAGGACAUGAGAGAGAGAACAGAAGAGUCCAGAGUGCUGAACUAUGGAGAACUCACACUGAAGGAAAUACACUGAACCAGCUGCCGGGAUCUCGUUCCCGCAAUUUUAACUUCCCACCAUUUUUGAGCCUUUAUCUCUCAAGUGCUGUACUCAUCGAAAAACAAACAAAAAAAAAAUGUACUGCUUGGCAAGAAGAGACUUUGUGAUGUGGAAAACCCGAAAUGGAAAGUUCUGCAAUAAAAAAAGCGAUCUGGAGGUGAUAACCUAUGACCUCUGGUAUUGUGACUGCUAUAGCAACCAUUCUGUGCCUAACUCGUGAUAAGAAAAGGAAGUAACACAAAAGACAAUUAUUUUUCUUUACAAGAGAGCAUUUAAAUACUUUUAUUUGUGUGAAGCUGCAGUUUUCAGAAGAGUUGUAAAUAUAUAAAUAUGAAUAUUGUAUGAUAAUGUUUUAAAAAAAACUGUUGUAUACUUAUGAUUAGGGGGGGGAAAAAAACAAGCAUAAUUACAAGUAUGAAUGAGGAAGCAAAAUCCUAAAAUCAUUGCAGUCUAGGAUAUUCAGUAUUAAAUCGGAAGUUAUUAAAGAAAACUCAUUCUGUAGCAGACGAGGGGUAAAAUAGUUCAAAAAUCAAUAAUUAUUUGCAAUCUGAUUAGCAUAUUGUAUAUUUGUAAAGUUGUUCAUAGACUUUAACAUAUCAUUUUGGUUAAGAGAUUUAUAAGUAUAUAGCUUAUUUACUAAUUACUGUACACAGCUUUAGUUACCUAGGUUCUUUAAUUUUUGGUUAUACAUGUUUAUAAUUUUUAAUUUAUUACCCAUUGAUUAGACAUUAAGGUUAAUGAGGAAAAAAAAUAGCAACAUUGUGUAAAAUGAACACUGUCUUCUUAUUUUAGAUUGCAAUGAUUUUUUUCCCCCAAUGUUCGGUAAUCAGAUCCGAGAAUUAUCUUGACUUUUCUUAACCAGUGGAGGUUUGUGCUUUGCCUUUGAUGAGAGCACAAGAGAGCAAGGGUACUGCGUGUGUGUGAUCACAGUGGGCCUGCUGUAUGGGUACUGUGCCUUGCCCGGAGAUGCCACAACAGUAUUGGCCCAGUGAAAGAACACUGGGUUUUGCGGCUAUGGCUAAGGGUGCCAUUCUAGCAGCGUGCCCCAUCGCAGCGGGACACAGUGACAAACUUCGGUCGCCUGAAGCUGGGUUGUUUCCAAGACAACGUUAUCCAGCUCGGCCACAAAUGCAGGGUCGGGUUCAGGUGCUGGUCACACCUGGGAAAACGUCAGAUUGUGAAUCAAGUGCGGCGCGCUCAAGCAGCACAUCGCACAAUGUUAUAAAGCACAUUGGGUUAGCGUAAUCCCUUUCAUUCUUAUCCCUUCCCCUGGCUUACUGGCACCAAGACACAGAAUACAGUUCAUAGCGUCAUAAGCGAUAGGAGCAGAAUUAGGCCAUUUGGCCCAUCAAGUCUACUCUGCCAUUCAAUCAUGGCUGACCUAUCUCCCCCCUCCUAACCCCAUUCUCCUGCCUUCUCCCGGUCGCUCCAUUCACUUUAUGCAAGUCCGUGCCACAAGCACAACUCACCUGGUGCAAUUUAAAUGUUACCUGCAAUUUUGCAGAGAACUCAUUUGAGGUAAAACCCCAUUUUGUUAAAAGGCCAAAACACAAAGAGCUGAAACAGAUGGCCAAAUGUGUAGCUGGCAGUUGUCUGUGAAGCAGAAUAACACUGUGUAAUCCAGAAUUGGACAUAAAGUUCAGUUUGAUUUUAAAUAGGAUUCUGCAGCUAAAUUGCAAAUAGGAAAUGAGGCUGGGGAAUCCUAUUGAAAUCAACUCAAAAUUCUGCUUGUCGCCUUUAAUCUUUCUUUUGACCAUCAAGCUCUUAUUCAGUAGAAAAGUUAAUUUAAUAGAUUGAAGUUAUCUGUUAACUCUUUAAUACAGAUGUAGGAGAUUUAUAGUGGUGUAAUUUUGGUGUAAAAAUGAGAAGACACUUCAUUAUUUUCUUACCGAUUGCUGUUGAUGUGAACAUUCCAGGUACCCUAAUGCAUAAAAAUACUUUUCCAAUAUUUGAAAUUUGUGCAUGAUUUACAAAAAAAAAGAACUUAGAUAUAUAUCUAAUUUAUUGAGUUUUUUACAAAAUAUACAUAUGUAGCUUCGACCGAACUUAACAUUUGAUAUUCAGUUCCCUUUCUGUAGGUUUAAUGAUGUCAAGCAAUACUGGCAAUAGGCGAGGUUCUUGAUUUAUGUUCCAGGUUCAAUUGGACCAUUGCCUGUCUCAUUCCACACUCACGGUGGUCGGAGGUGAGCUCCCAAUACAAGGAACAACCCCUUAAGCCAAUUUGCCCGUCUGAAGCCUGUAAAAGGCCACAGGUGGUCUUGUUGGAAUUAAAUAAUAACUAGCACUGAACAAUAUCUGUCUGCCUUUACGAAGCUUUGUUAUUAACAUGGAACUGUUCCAUUCCACAAAAAUAAAAAGAUAUUGUUUUAAAAUG